AUGCGUUCAGAAUCUUCACUCGUCAGAGUCACGAAAUUUUCAUCAGUUACGUUUGUACCGCGGGAGCGUAAAAGACACAGAGAACACCUCAGUGACACAUACAGUUAUACCGGACGCUUAAACAAAAUGGAUCGUUUUAUUAUAAAACACGUCUCUGUUCAGUCGUCAAGUACGUGUGCACCUGAUAAAAAUACACAGGCCAACGAGCCUGGCUCGAUCAAAACAGAGGCCGCAUCUACAUCAGCUUCUGAGCCGCCUCCCAAGAAGAAAGUCAAGUCAUCGACAAGGCAGUACAGUGACGAGUUUCUGAAGUAUGGCUUCGUCAAGUGUGAACAGGAAAAGGGAGAACCAAGGCCUCAGUGUGUGAUUUGCAGUGAAGUUCUCGCAAAUGAGAGUUUAAAGCCAUCAAAAUUAAAGAGACUUCUCGAAACCAAGCAUCCUAGUCUGGCUACAAAACCAGUUGACUAUUUCCAGAGAAGAAAGGAACAAAUGAAGAUGUCAGUGAAAGUUCUAAAUGCAGCAACCACUCUUAAUGACAAAGCACAAUUAGCAUCAUAUUUAGUUUCAUAUCGCAUUGCAAAAGAGAAAGUACCAUACACAUGUGGUGAGAAACUUAUUCUACCAUCUUGCGUGGAUAUAGUGAGCACGAUGCUCGAUGGAAAGUCGGCAGACAAGAUCAAAUGUGUCCCAAUCAGUGAUACAACAGUGUCACGGCGGAUAAGUGAUAUCGCAGAAAAUUUGGAACAGCUGGUGUCACACCUACAGACUGCUGGAGAAUUUGCUAUUCAGCUGGACGAAAGUACUGAUAUAUCUAACAGUGCAGUGCUCCUGGUGUACGUCAGAUACGUACAUGAAGAUGACUUUUUGGAAGAUAUGCUUUGCUACUUAACCUUACCUACUCAUUCAUCAGGAUUUGAGAUAUACAGAGUGCUGAAUGACUGCAUAGUUGGAAAAUACAAGCUGAAAUGGGCCAAUUGCAAAGGAAUUACAACCGAUGAAGCAGCAAAUAUGACUGGGAAAAAGAGCGGUGUUGUGACAAAAAUAUCAGAAGCAGCCGGUAAUGAUGUAACUUGGAGACAUUUUUCAUCCACCGUGAAACGCUGGCUGCCAAAGGUAUCCCAGACAAUCUCAGAGGUGUUUUGA